CUCUAGUGCAGAGGAUUUCACCAGGUAUUUGGAAAGAGACCCUAGACAAGUGUGGAGAGCUGUGGAAGACACGACUUUUUCUCUGGUCUUUCAGACAAGUAGUGUCUCCAGGAUGAUGAGUUACUAUAUGGACACAACCCUGGGAAGCCCAGCCCCUUAUCCUCUGCCUCGUCCAGGAGUGAUGAGGCAGGGCACUGUCAAUGCCUAUGAAGAUCCUUGGAUGACCUGUGGGUUUCAGUCCACCUGCUACCAGCAAAGGAUUUGCUACCCGGUCUGGGAUGAGUCAGCCAUUCAGGAAGUUCCCACUGGCUUAGAGCACUACAACACAGAUAUGGAAUGUGCAGAUGUGCCUUUGUUAACCCCGAGCAGCAAAGAAAUGAUGUCGCAGGCACUGAAGGCCACUUUCAGCGGCUUUGCAAAAGAGCAGCAGCGACUGGGAAUCCCCAAAGACCCCCAGCAAUGGACGGAGACUCACGUGCGGGACUGGGUGAUGUGGGCCGUGAAUGAGUUCAGUCUGAAAGGAGUGGAUUUCCAGAAGUUUUGCAUGAAUGGAGCUGCCCUCUGUGCUCUAGGCAAGGACUGCUUCAUUGAGCUAGCACCUGACUUUGUGGGAGAUAUUCUCUGGGAACAUCUGGAGAUGCUGCAGAAAGAAGAAGCAAAGCCGUAUCCAGCUAAUGGAGUGAACUCCGCAUACCCAGAAUCCCGUUAUACAUCCGACUACUUGAUUAGUUAUGGCAUUGAGCAUGCUCAGUGUGUGCCUCCAUCAGAGUUCUCUGAGCCCAGCUUUAUCACAGAAUCCUACCAGACCCUCCAUCCGAUCAGCUCCGAGGAGCUCCUGUCCCUCAAGUAUGAGAGUGACUACCCAACAGUCAUCCUGCGUGACCCUGUCCAGACAGAUUCCCUGCAGACAGACUACUUCACGAUCAAGCAGGAAGUUGUAACUGCGGAUAACAUGUGCAUGGGGCGCACCAGUCGAGGCAAACUAGGGGGCCAGGACUCCUUCGAGAGCAUAGAGAGCUACGACAGCUGUGACCGCCUGACACAGUCCUGGAGCAGCCAGUCCUCCUUCCAGAGCCUUCAGCGUGUCCCCUCCUAUGACAGCUUUGACUCGGAGGACUACCCAGCGGCUCUGCCCAACCAUAAGCCCAAGGGUACCUUCAAGGACUAUGUUCGAGAUCGGGCCGACAUGAACAAGGACAAGCCUGUCAUUCCUGCUGCUGCCCUUGCUGGCUACACAGUAACUCCCACCCUGCCUGGCUGCGAAGGAAAGAUGAAGGAUGAAGCAGGUCACGAAGUGCCCAAGAUGCUGACUGCCUCCAGAGGGAAAGAACGCAGGGCAAGCAGUGGACCCAUCCAGCUGUGGCAAUUCCUGUUGGAGCUGCUCACCGAUAAGUCCUGUCAGUCCUUUAUCAGCUGGACGGGUGAUGGCUGGGAGUUCAAGCUCUCUGAUCCAGAUGAGGUUGCCAGGCGGUGGGGCAAGAGGAAAAACAAGCCUAAGAUGAACUACGAGAAGCUGAGCCGUGGCCUGCGUUACUACUACGACAAGAACAUCAUCCAUAAGACAGCGGGCAAGCGCUAUGUGUACCGCUUCGUCUGCGACCUGCAGAGUCUGCUGGGCUACACACCCGAGGAGCUCCAUGCCAUGCUGGACGUCAAACCUGAUGCCGACGAGUGAACCCGAUAAGCCAGACUGCGCAGAAGACGCGUUCGUGCCGUUCUGGAGAUUCAGUGGGACUUUCCUUUUUUUGCUGUUUUUUGGUUUUUGUUUUUUAAAUUUUAAAGAGCGACUCAAAAUUUGACCUUUGGAAGGGGAGGGGUGGCUGAAGGACUCGCGCUUUUUGCUGAAACUGACAAAGUUGGGUUUGGAGACGAGAAGUGGAACUGUUGUCUGAAAGUGCUCGGUUGAGUUUGGAGGACGAAAUUCGGAGUCUUGAGGAAAGCCAGAAAAAUGUAGCUCACUUUUUUGUUUGUUUGUUUGUUUUAAACCCUCAUCGUAAUCCCUCCUCCACCAGUUCAAAAAAUUAUUAACAAAAUGAUGCCCUCUGUUACUGUGUCCCCCACACCACAAACUGACAAGUCAGGAAGUGACAAGACCCCCUCGGGGGUUUUUGUUGCUGGGUGGGAGGCAAAGGGGUUGCGGGAUCUUCCUGUUUCAGGAGGGGAAGACAUAGGAAAAACAGCAACUGCUUGUCCUUGUUACAUUGCCUUUCUGUCAGUUGUUUUUUAUUCACACAAAAGGACAGAUUUUUGUUAGGAGGGAUCAAGACUUUUUUUUUUUUAUUAUUAUUUGUUAAAAUUUUAUUUUAUUAAAUUUUGUGCCAGUAUUUUUUUUUAAUAGUCUUAAGCUCUAAGAUGGUCUCAGUAUUGCAAUAUUGUAUGUGUUUGUUUCUGUUAUGCCAGCAGAGAUUUUUAUCACAGUGUGGAAAGGAAAAAAAAACAAAAAAAAACAAUUUAUGUAGACCCCACUGGAGAAGUGUAGUGCUAUGACUUAUGUGAAGGAAAAUUAAUUCCAAACUGGCUACUAGUAAUGCUGGGUAAAUGCUUUACCUCUGCAUUGAGUCUCAUGUGCUUUGCUCUAUUGUUUGUUGCUAAAGCUGGUUGAACUAUCUUAAGACCUUGUUUUUUGGUCAAAAAUAUCUUUUUGCUGACCACCAUUUUAUGCAAAAAAAAACCCCCAGUAGUUUUCCAAACAUUCUCAUCAACAUUUUCAUCUAUUAGUUUCAAAUUAGGAAAUUAAAAAAAAAAGAGAACUCUUUUACACUUUUGAAAUAACUUAUUUCAAAAUGGCCCAUCCUGUGAAUAAGCCUGCAUUUUUUUUAUUUUUAUAUUUUGAACAUACUAAACGCUGAAGAAUAAAUAUCAACUUGAUUCAGAAUUAGUUAGAAAAAAAAAAUCGCAACAAAAUUGAGAAACACAAAAGUGAAAUAAGAAUGACUAUGAAAUUUCGGAAGUUUUAAGUUGUAACCAGUUCUGGCAGUACUGUUGUAUAUUAUUUACCUAUUCUGGGCGCUCGCAGCACAGAAAUCUUAUUUAAAAAUGGGUUCUUGACUGCAUUUUGGGAUGCUGGCCACUUGAGCCUGAUCAAGCAAACCAUGUAAGCACAUGCUUAAGGUUAAAGUAUUUGCAUUGUUUCAUUGCCUAAUGUGCUCAGCUCAGAAUCAAACUCUUCAGCAUGGAGUGUGAGACUGCAGCUUGGAUAAUGAGGGACUGAGUCAAACUCCAAAGGAAUUCUUUCUGGUGGUGUUCAGUUGGGCUGUAGGCAACCAAGGGAUCAGGCUCUGAGCUUUAAGCCUUUGGACCUCAGCCUGAAACCAGAUCCACCCACGUGGAUCUCUGAAGAUCUCAUGUAAAAACUAGGGCUUUUGACCUUAAAUGCCUGUUGACAUUUUUUUAAAAGACAGUAUUACAUAUUUAAACUGAAUGUACUUUUCACAGCUGGACUAAUUGUAGAAGCACUGUGGUGAAAUAGUAGAAGGAGUGAGAGCUUUUAGAUCAGUGCACCAUGGAACAGAAUAAUUUGAGAUCCUGUAUCAGGCUGGCAUAACUGGGCUCACAAUAAAAAUAGUGAGAACACUCCUGCAUUUAGUCUGAACACCUAAUUUGCUUUCUGUUUCCCCUUCUCUGCCUUGUGGUAAGACUGGUAUAUAUAGAGGCAGGGGCAAAUAGGGAUAGCAAAUGGGAGUCCAGCUGAAUCCUAUGGAAAGGUGAUGUUCUGAGUCAGAGGUGCUGAGUUCUUCCUUAUGCCCCACAGCUCCCACUGGAGUCUGCAAGAGCUGUGGGUGCUCAGCACCUGUGCAUACUAGCUAGCCCAUACCUUUCUAAACAAGCUUCAGCUGAAAGAGAUUAAUUAGCCUUGCUUAGCAGAUUGGCAGAUGAGAAGUUCAGCCCCUGGUGAAAUGUUGCAAGCUGAUUAAGAAGGCAUUUAAACCCUGAAUGUUGGAUGCAGCUGGUGGCUCUUGGCAAGGGAAGUACUAGUGUUAGAUCACAGGGCUGGAAGGAGGUGCAAUCCCACCUUGUGUACAAAGAAAGCUAGUGGUAAUGAAGGUGGGGAAAGAAAAAGUGAGGAAAAGAAAAUGAAAGGAGCAGGCACCAAAAGAGGAAAGGACAGUCUGUCUUCUACAAGGUGUUAUUUUCAUCCAGCAUUCAGUGCCUUUUAACCCUCAGUACAGGGAGAUGGGCAACUGAUGCCUCCUGCCUGUUACCAGGGGAAGGAUUGCAGAUGUGGGCAAUGAGCAACUGAUAUAAACAGGGAAUUAAGUUCAGAUCAGGCUGGAGAAAGCAAAGGAAAAUGUUUUUCAGCUGUGGGCAAGGUCCUCCUCCUACUCGCUAGAAACCUGAUACAAAUGCAGAAGGCAGGGAGCAAAAUACUAGGCUAGAAGAUGAGUUAGAACACAUCUCUGAUUCACUGCGGUGUGUAGGGCUGUACUCUAGAGUGAGAGCUGUGUGAGACCUCUCUGUGCACUGAGUAGGCAGAAGACAUGUUAAUUGGUGAUUAAAGGUGGUGGGAGUUGAGUUCAGAAAGGGCACUGGGGCUUUGGAGUAGAUUUGUGGUGGGUGGAGAGUUAGGCCUCCUCUUGCUAAAGUCACAGAGAUGCACGUAGCAUAGAACCAGCUGCACUAGAGGUGAUCCCAGCAAACACAUUUGUCCCAGGAUGGGAGCCUGACUUUGGAGACAGAAAGAGUCAGUUCUCAACUGAUACUGCAAUACUCCAAAGUCCUUAAGGCUCUUCAGUUUACAAAGAACAGAAAGUGCUGUUGGGUUAACAUUUUACAGUAUCUGGUUUGGGUAGUUUAUAGGCUUCAAUCAUUCUUUCUGGUCUCCUACCUCUAAGGGGUGUCCCUGGACAUGGCAGACACCUCGGCAUUCCACGUCUCAUCCCGACUCCGAUAUCGGUAUCUUGUAACACAAUUGCCAAGUGUCUGUUUCCUUAUUUGGUGCCCAGGUACCCUGCAGUGAGUACAUCCGCAAUAACGGGGUACUUUACUACGAAUGGGAAGAACUUGGUUUAGGUUCAGGUGCUGACCCCAGCAGUUUGACAAGGCUUGAGUCAUUCAUUCUACUCUGUUUUUUGGAAGACUUGUUGUAUUAAACUGUUUCUGCUCAUGGUAAUCUGUUUCCAUAAUGUGCAGUGAUACGGUCUCAAAGAGAUCAUCAAAGGAUACAAAGCACCAUAAAUGGAAAAUGCCCGUUAUUGGUUUGCCAGUUGUUCUUGCUGCCAUUUGCCAUUUUGGGCUGCAUGUAAGCGCGAGGACCAGCAGAUAGAAUAAUAGCCUUAGCAACAUUUUCUAGCUUUGCCCAAAAGUUGCUUUUCUCCCCCACUUCUUGUUUCCAUGUUAGAGACUGUCACAGGAAGGGCUGUGUGUUGUUUAUACACUGGAUAUUUGCAGUUUAAAAAAAUACCAUGUUGACUUUUGAAUAGGGAUGUGUGAAUCAGCUGUACUAGGACCAAAUAUCUACCUGCACCAAGACCUCUCCAACUAGAUAUUUUAUGAGGCAUAAAGAGUUUGAUUAACUUACAUCAGCGCAAUUUCCAUAUCAUGCAUUUGAGAGAGAGCAUAGUAUACGUGGGGUUGCAUUCACUUCCGUGCUGAGAUCCAGAACCAGGCCUGCAUCUUGUUCUGAUGGCUUGCCUAUCUUUUGUUCUGGUUUCUCCGAACUGGGGUGAAUUUCACCCUGGGCAAACAUUUAUACCAGAUUGAACUCAGUUCAUUUUGUCUUUUGUUCCUGACUUUCUCCAAGGGCUGCAUGGCUUUCCAAAUAUUUUUUCAUGACUUUUUCUUGACCUGCCAUUCGUUGGGAUCAUGUUAAUAUUCAGCGUGCUCCACAUAGGCUCACGUGUCAUAUGAAGCGAUCCCAUUUUUCCAAUAGAACGAGUCUUGAUUCUGUGAAUGUGAUUCUUAGGACCGUAUUUUAUUGUUCAUUGGUGAUCACUGAUUCAACGUUUGGGAAUACUCUGUGAUGUUCACUUCCACUUGGCUCUUCGGCUGAAUCUCCCAGGAAUGAUAUUCUUAUGAAAUAUGAAAAAGGACCAUCAAAACCAACCCACAUUCCGAAUUUGAACAUUAAGCUAUUUGCUCCUUCCUCUCUAAAGAUAUAUGGGUGAUUUAUAAUACACAACUCAUAGGUAUAUGUGAGCGUGUAUCAGUUUUUUUUACACGCUACUAAGUUCCAGGUUCCAUCCAGAAAACAAAUAUUGUAUUCAAUGAGAGGUUGUGCCCUGAAGUGUAUCUGAACGCAACAGGAACCAAGUUGUAUCAUAAUUCUCCCUAAGACUUCAACUUCUCACCCAAGAUUUCCAGACUGAUGUUUAGAUCAAGAAAUGGUCGUGAUAAGCAUCUGAAAUUUCAUGAUGCUUCUGCAAAACCCUGCACCUUUUGACCAACACUGUUUAGGAGGUGUUCUCCAUUUGGUUCCCUAGAUCUUGUUUAAAUUGCUUAUUCAUACUAAACACUUCAAACUUGCAUUCUGGAGCAUGCUUUUCUUUCUGGUAGGGUCUAUAUAACAUCAGUUGGGGUAUUGUCUACAUUCCAAAGAGGUUUGAAGAAAUGGUAAAUCAUGUAUACUUAUAUGUUAUAAUGGAAUAUCUCCAGGAAUUAACUGCCUCAGUAAAAGAACGUGUCUCUUUUUUUGUUUUGUUUUUACACAUGGGUUGUUUUUUUUUAAGCUGAUAAACAUAGAAGAAAGAGAUUGUUAUAUUGUGCUGUUCAACUAUUUUCCAACUUGUAUUUUCAUAUAAUUUAUAUUUUUUAAAAGUGGGAAAAAAAUUUUAAAAGCAAGAUUAAAAAAAAGAGGAAAAAGCAGGUGCUUUUUUUUAAAAAACUGAACUGAGGUAGCUUAGAGAUGUAGCGGUGUGUGUGUGUGUCUGUGUGUGUGGUUUUUUGUUUUGUUUUGUUUUGUUUUUAAAAAAUACAAAAAAAAAAAAACACCCCGUUCCUCCUACAUUGAAUUCUUUUAGGAGGAGGGAGUUGGUUUUGUUUUAAUUGCUGAUGCUGGCACAUCAUUUUGCUGGAGAGUUUUUUAUAUACCGUAGCCUUAUUUCAUAUCGUAUUUUAAACCAUGUGAAAUUAAAAAAAAAAAAAGAAUAAUUCAUAAAA